GCACCAAAAUCAUGUUUUGGCCGAAUAUAAUUAAAAUAGAAGUCUAUGAAGUGUAAAAGUGUAAAAAGUUUAAUUCAAAUUAAUUAUGCAGGAUAAAUUGUACAGAAUGAUUCUAAAUAUUCUAACCAUGCUGUUCUGUUGACUGAAUGUCACGCUUGAAUGUCUUUCAGAGCUGCAGUUCGAGGCGGAGUUCAGUAGAAAGGGGCAUGGGUUAAAUGCGGUUAGAGAGGGAAAAUAAACACCCAAAACAAAAAGUCGCAACAAUCUGGCAACCCGCUCACUCACUCACUCGCUCGCUCGCGCUCAGUGAGACCCGCGGCUCGGAACGCAUUCAGGCCGGAGAGCGCGCGCGUGAGAGGAUCACAUCUGGAUCGAUCUGAUCAUUCCUGCUGUGUAAAACUCGAUCAUGGAUAAACAAGAAACUACACACGACCCGAUCAUUCAUCGUUUGCAUUUACAAAAACCCAUUUCCGCGUCUCUAAUGUGUAUGUGAUCCGCACGCCUGGGUGUCUUCGGGAGUUCCACCGGUUCCAUGGAGGAGACCUGUUGGAUUUUCAAGCUUUGAUUUAAAGAUAAUAAUAAUAAUAGUAAUAAAAAACAAAUCGCUCUGAAUGGGCGUUAUGCCAUCAGGGAACGACACCGACCUGGACUGCCACAACACCGAGAGCGUGGAGCUGAACGCGAGCCCGGUGAGCAGCGCGCUGAUGUUCGCGGCGGGUGUGCUGGGCAACGCGGCCGCGCUCCUGCUCAUCGAGGUGCGGCGGCGGAAGGAGCGCAGCCGCAACCAGCGCGAGUACCACCGGCGCACCUUGUUCCAUGUGCUCGUCACUGCGCUCGUGGUCACCGACCUGGCCAGCACGUGCCUGGUGAGCCCUCUCGUGCAAGCCGCGCACGCGCUCAACACCACGCUGAUCGCCAUGACCGAGAACCGAGGCGCGUGCCACUACUUCGGCUUCGCCAUGACGUUCUUAAGCCUGGUCACGCUGUCGCUGCUGCUCGCCAUGGCGCUCGAGCGCUACGUCUCCAUCGGCUACCCGUACCUGUACGGGCGACGCGUGAGCACGCGCUGCGGCUACGUCGCGAUCCCGUGCGUGUACGCGCUGUGCGCGCUCUUCUGCUGCCUGCCGUUCGCGGGAUUCGGCAGGUACGUGCAGUACUGCCCCGGCACCUGGUGCUUCAUCGACAUGAACCCUAAGCACAGCGCGGACCGGGUGUUCGCCAACGUCUACGCCACCGUCAUGCUGCUCAUGGUGCUCGCGACCGCCGCGUGCAACUGCUUCGUUUCCUAUCACCUGGUGAUGAUGUACCGGAGGCGCAUGGUGAACCGCGGAUCCUCGAUUACGCGCAGCCGGAAAGAGCGAAGACCCUUUUCCCUUUCGCAGGAAGUGGAGUUCCUCAUCCUGUUAGUCAUCAUGACUGUUAUAUUUGUCAUAUGCAGCCUGCCCUUAAUGAUCCGAGUGUACAUCAACUCGAUACAGAGGCGGAACGAGAACAAGAUUGACCUCAUCGCGCUGCGCUUCAUCUCCAGCAACGCCAUCAUCGACCCGUGGGUGUUUAUCAUCCUCAGCCCCUCUAGGCUGCGGUUCCUUUUAGGGGCGCUGUGCAAAGCCGGAAACAGGAACUCGAUGUACAGAACUUCGCUGGCCAAGAACUCGGACGCUCAGCUCGACGCCUCUCAGUGCCCGAACCUCACCGUCACCACUGAGAUCACACACAUAAAUAAAUCCGUUCAGAUGAUAUGAAAAAGGAUUUUUACAUGAAAGUAAAAAGAAAUAAAUUAUGCAUGAAUGAAUGAAUGUACUUCACAAACCCUGAGGAAGCAAGUGGGAAUCCCAGAUGCUGUAGGAUCAGAGGAGGGGUUUGGUGAUGUUAUGGUGACCGAAGCGGUCGGGUUGUUGUUGUUAUUGCUGUUGUAGUGUUCUUUGAAACCACUAAAGUAUUUUUUUUGAGUAAAGACUGAUUUCAUUUAGCUCUUAAAAAAAAACAACAUGACCGACAACAUGAAGUAUGUUCUGGAUGCAUUUUUACAGCACAUAUCCGAGUCAUAGACUUCACUGGAAGAUCGAUAAAGCCAUACCUGCAGAUCCGGAGGAAUCUUCCGGCACCAGGACAUGAAGCUUUUAUUGAGGUUUAACUAAAGUGGCGCUACGCGUUGAUGCCCUAAGCUAAAUCGUGAACCUGUCAUUAAUUUAAACGGGAGUUCCUAAUUUCAAAGCGUUCGUAUGCAACGUGUUUUUGUGUUUGUUCAUGUGUAGGUAUGAUAUGUUGUAAUACAGGAUGCUGAUAUAUGGGUUCAAAAUGUACCUCAUUUCAUGCAGUACUGAGAUUGCAUUUGCACUGAGCUGUGAAAAAAACAAAACAACAAAAAGAUGUCGAGCUUGUAUUUGUGACUGUACGAUUAAUACAGUGUUUGAAACUU